AUCAGUGCAAGUAGUCAGUUCGAUCCAACCGUCGUGAAUUUUAAGUUAUUAAAAUCAUUUCAUGUACAAUUUAUUAUUAAUAAGUAUUCAGAAAAAUAAUGAUCAAAGGAAAUAGAUAUUGCAAUGAAUGAAACGUACGAUUCGGAUAAAACACCAAAAGUUGGAUUUGAAUUUCAAGAAGAAAUUCUCCUUCAUCUCGCUCUGAUGCUUCAGAAGUUAGACUGCAAGAACUUCUCACUGGGCUAUGAAGUUAAAACCUAUCCGAAAUUCGAUGACGUAGUCUGCAGAUUUCAAAUUAAUGAUGAAACUUACAUCCUGUUGAUCCAGGCGAAGCACUAUGAGAACAAGCUCAUCACACCAAAGAUUCUUUUGGGUAAAAACGAAGAUUUUUGUUUAUGGGCAUAUUUGAAGAGUGUUGCAGAAAUAAGGAAAAAUCAUAAAGGAAAUGAAAAGCUAAAGUUUAUCUUCUGGACAACGGCAAACAUUUCAAAGAAUGUCCCGAAAAUUUCUUUUAAAGAUUCAAUAAUUUCAAAAGUUUUAAAAGAAAUGAACGAUCAAGAUGCAGAAAUUAUAAGUUUAAACAAAAAGCUCUUUGAAAAUUUAGACGAAAAUGAAAAGUACAUCGAACUUAAAACAAAUUAUCAAAAUUUUAACGAAGAUUCUAAAUAUUUUUUUGAGAAUUUUAUUUACGUGUCAGAGUCACCAAAUUGUGAAGAUCUCAAGGAUUUGAAUGAUAUGUUAAUUAAAAAGGUUUUUAAAAUUAGAGAAGAAGCUUUUUACAGAUUGCUUCGUGACAACAUUUUAAAUUUUAUCAAAAUUGAUAAAGAAAAGAAACGCAAAUUCAUGACAAAAAGUGAUUUUAAAAAACUCAGUUCAAUUACCAUGCUAGAUGUUGAAUUGCCAAGAAUUUCAAAAGCAUUCCUCGAUGAAUUUCCAAAAGCAAUUUCCCAUGAUCGUAAUUUUAAGGAAGAAUCUUUAGAAAUUAUUCGCAAUAUCUUGGAAACAAAGAGUAAAAUAAUUCGAGAUGAAAGAUGUUUAAAAUUGAAUGCUUUAAAAGUUUUAUUUUCCAUUCAACAAAAUGAUUCGAAUACGUUAUUAAUUCAAAUCUCAAAAUUAAAUGAUUUCUUUCUUGAAACUCUUAAAUCUUGGGACAAUGUCCGCACUUUGGAGGAAGAUCAAUAA